AUGUUUAUUUUAUGGAAAAAAAGACAUCAUUUUUUACUGUAUCUUCUGUUUUUAUUAAUUCUACUAAAAGUAUUGAAUACAAAUGAAAUAUUCUCACAGAAAUUAUCCUUAUUAUUAACACCUUAUCGUAGUGGUUUAAAAAUAAAUCCAUUAUUUUCUCAUUUUACACCCUUCAAUGAUAUGCUUUAUGCAGAUGCGAGUAAACAACGUUAUGGUGCAGUUAAAAAAUCACUUAUUGAACGUUUAAACGCUAUACAUAUAAGUCGUAAUAAUCAUGGUGAUUUUCAUAGAAUUAUAGAACAUUAUAAAGAUCUUGCAUUAUUAUUAAUUAAUAAUACAAUAACUGAUAAUAAUGAAAGAAGAAUUAGUGAAACCCUUCAUGAUAUUAUUAAUAAUACUUUCUUUAAUCCAGUGGAUACAGAUAAUUUACAUUAUAUUCAUUUAACAAAUACAACAAAUAUAACAACUUCUGAUUUUAAAUUUAUACGAAGUAUUUAUAAAAAAUCAAUUAUGCCUGCGAAAUAUAUCCCAGGGAAACCGUUACAUAUGUUGUUAAUGAAUGCAUGGCGAUUAUAUUAUCUAUUAGCGAUAAGUAGUUCUAAUUUAUGGUUUCGUUUUCGUCCAACAAGGGAUGAUUUUUAUGAAGGUGAUAUCAGUAAAAUACAUGAUGAUUGGAGUUUAUUAUUUAUCUAUGAUUUAUGUAAUACUAUAAGUGAAUUAAAUUCAUUGAAUAACAAUAAUAAUAAUAAUACUAAUAGUAAUAAUAGUAUAACAUAUAAUAUACCAUUUGGUUUUUGUCCAAAUCCCUGUUUAACAAAUCCAUGCCUUGAAGCAACUCAUACAAUAUCAAGUCAGUGCUUAAUAACUGGUUAUCUUGAAAAUGAUUAUAAGUGUGAAUGUCAAACGGAUCAUAAAUGGGAUCAAAUCAGAGGAUAUAAAGGUCAUUGUAAAACUGAAGGUAUAUGUGAAAAAUAUUGUGAUAAAGUUGGAACAAGAAGAUGUAAUAUCAUUCAAGGAAGACACUUUUGUUUAUGUCAUCCAACUCAUAUGGGCAUAAAUUGCAAUACUACACGCGACCCGUGUGUUGAAGUAGCCUCUGGUAUCCCUGGAAAUAUGGCAUGUAAUAUAGCUAACGGCGGUGUAUGCUUGGGGACGCUAGGAACGAAUACAUAUUACUGCCAGUGUCCAUCAUCACUUACAAGUGAUCCAUCUUAUCUUUUCCCAAAUUGUUUAGCCUUUAGAGAUCGUUGUGUUAGUACGGUAUGUAUACGUGGAGAUUGUGUCAGUUCAAAAAAUGGACAAGAAACAUAUUGUAUUUGUCCAGAAGAAGCUUAUGGUAAAUAUUGUGAAUUUAUCCGGGGUAAAUGGUCACAAUGGUCACCAUGGUCUGAAUGUUCACCAAACUGUGGUCUUGACUAUCAUCAAAGACGUAUACGUACACGUGAUUGUCUUGGUGAAGCAUGUCAAGGAGGAUUAGGACAUUUUCAUAUGGAAUUAUGUGAAGUAUUCCCGUGUCCAGAUGAAACAUUAGCAUUGAGUGGACAAAUUCGUGCACAAGAGGUAUAUGAAUUAAAAAUACAAAUGCUUCAAGCACAAGCAUCACGUUAUGUUAAAAUGUCUGGAGCUAUUGCUGAAUGUUUGUUGUUAAUCACGUGUAUAUUUUCAGCAGCAUCAGUAACAGCUAUGAUAUUAGCUGUACAUUGUUUAUAGAAGAGAAACUGAAAUAUGUUCGUUGUAUUAUGUUUUUGUAUAAAAGAUAGUUUUUUUUGUUUUAAAAGUAGGUAUUUUUUUGUGAAGAAAAUGAUUAAAAGAGUGAUUAGUAAAAAAAAAAGCAGAAAAUAUUCACUUCGAUAACU